CGGGCGCGAACGUGAAGUCUCCGCGGUGCCUGAUGGGGCUGUUCCGAGGCCGGGAGCUGUCGCUGCGGGCGCGCCACACGUCACUGCUGCUGCCGCGUCUGCCGCCUCAUGGCGGCCAUCGGAGUUCACCUGGGCUGCACAUCAGCCUGUGUGGCCGUCUAUAAGGAUGGCCGGGCUGAUGUGGUUGCAAAUGAUGCAGGUGACAGAGUUACUCCAGCUGUUGUUGCUUACUCGGAAAAUGAAGAGGUUGUUGGAUUGGCAGCAAAACAAAGUAGAAUAAGAAAUAUUUCAAAUACAGUGAUGAAAGUAAAGCAGAUCCUUGGCAGAAGCUCUGAUGAUCCACAAGCUCAGAAAUACAUCGCGGAAAGUAAAUGUUUAGUCAUUGAAAAAAAUGGGAAAUUACGAUAUGAAAUAGAUACUGGAGAAGAAACAAAAUUUGUUAAUCCAGAAGAUGUUGCCAGACUGAUAUUUAGCAAAAUGAAAGAAACAGCACAUUCUGUCUUGGGCUCAGAUGCAAAUGAUGUUGUUAUUACUGUUCCAUUUGAUUUUGGGGAAAAGCAGAAAAAUUCUCUUGGGGAAGCUGCCAGAGCUGCUGGGUUUAAUGUUUUGCGGCUAAUCCAUGAACCAUCUGCAGCUCUUCUGGCUUAUGGAAUUGGGCAAGACUCUCCCACUGGAAAAAGCAAUAUUUUGGUGUUUAAACUUGGAGGAACAUCCUUAUCUAUAAGUGUCAUAGAGGUUAACAGUGGAAUAUAUCGAGUUCUUUCAACAAAUACUGAUGACAACAUUGGAGGUAUACAUUUCACAGAAACCUUAGCACAGUAUCUAGCUUCUGAGUUUCAGAGAUCUUUCAAACAUGAUGUGAAAGGAAAUGCCCGAGCCAUGAUGAAAUUGAUGAACAGUGCUGACAUUGCAAAACAUUCUUUGUCAACCUUAGGAAGUGCUAAUUGUUUCCUUGAUUCAUUAUAUGAAGGUCAAGAUUUUGACUGCAAUGUGUCCAGAGCAAGAUUUGAGCUUCUCUGUUCUCCGCUUUUUAAUAAGUGCAUAGAUGCAAUCAGAGAACUCUUAGUACAAAGUGGAUUUUCAGCGGAUGAUAUCAACAAGGUUGUCCUUUGUGGAGGGUCUUCUCGAAUUCCAAGACUACAGCAACUGAUAAAAGAUCUUUUCCCAGCUGUUGAGCUUCUAAAUUCCAUUCCUCCUGAUGAGGUUAUCCCUAUUGGUGCUGCUAUAGAAGCAGGAAUUCUUAUUGGGAAAGAAAGCCUUUCAGUGGAAGACUCUCUUAAGAUAGAGUGUUCAGCCAAAGAUAUAUUAGUUAAGGGAGUGGAUGAAUCAGGAGCCAACAGUUUCACAGUACUAUUUCCAUCAGGGACUCCUUUGCCAGCUCGAAGACAACACACAUUACAAGCCCCUGGAAGUAUAUCAUCAGUAUGCCUUGAACUCUAUGAGUCUGAGGGGGAAAACUCUGCAAAAGAGGAAAAUAAAUUUGCACAGGUUGUACUCCAGGAUUUAGAUAAAAAAGAAAAUGGAUUACGUGAUAUAUUAGCUGUUCUUACUAUGAAAAGGGAUGGAUCUUUACAUGUGACAUGCACAGAUCAAGAGACUGGAAAAUGUGAAGCUAUCACUAUUGAGGUGGCAUCUUAGUGUUUUAGAGAAACCAUGAAUUUUUUAAAACCAGAAUAUCAACAUUAUUUGGUUUUGUUUAUAAGUGAUGUUUAUAUUAAAAUACUUUUUGAAUGAACUUUAUAAUCUGUGUUUCUAUUAAGCUACAAUACAUUAGUAA